AUGGUCGGUAUCGCGGUCGUGCAGCCUAUCCACAAGACGGAGCGACAGGUGGCCAUUGCUGAGGCUCCUGCGCUUCGACGGGUCAUUUGGUACAAGGACCCAGGUCUGAGGAAGCUCUAUGGCCUGGCCAUUGCGCUGUUCUUUGCCUCGGCGACGACAGGAUAUGACGGGUCGAUGCUGAACGGCCUCCAAAUUCUCGACGUCUGGCAAGACUACUUCAACCAUCCCACUGGAUCGAUUCUCGGUCUCUUUGGGUCGAUAUAUAGCAUUGGAAGUCUCGCAGGGCUCCCGUUUGCGCCAUAUCUGUGCGACAUCUAUGGCCGACGCAUCGCCAUCAUGGCUGGCUGCCUUUUCCUUUUCGCCGGCGUCGCUAUUCAAAGUGCCUCCCAAAACUUUUCCAUGUUCAUCGCCGGCCGCUUCUUUGUUGGAUUCGGCAACAGCAUGUGCUCCAACUCGGCUCCUCUCCUUCUGACUGAACUCUGCCACCCGCAACAUCGCGGGAGAGUGACGACAGUCUACAAUCAGCUUUGGGACAUUGGCUCCAUUGCAGCGACGUGGAUCACCUUUGGCACUUUUACCAUCAAGAACAACUGGUCGUGGCGCAUCCCGUCGAUCUUUCAAGCUUUCCCAACCCUCAUCCUCUUUUGCUUCAUCUGGAUCAUCCCAGAGUCACCCCGUUGGCUGAUCUCGAAGGAUCGCCAUGCGGAAGCCCUGACAACACUGGCAAAGUACCAUUCGAAUGGGGACGAGAUGGACCUCACAGUCCAGUUCGAGUACCGCGAAAUCAGGGAGACUCUUCGCCUUGAAUUCGAGUCGAAGAAGUCGAGCAGCUUCUUGGAUUUCCUGCGGACCAAGGGCAACCGUUAUCGACUGCUGCUUGUCGUCGCCCUCGGUCUCUUCUCCCAAUGGAGCGGCAAUGGGUUGACCAGCUAUUACUUUGCCAUUGUGAUGAAGAGCAUUGGUGUCACAGAUAAAAACGAGCAGUUUGAGAUCAACGGAUCCAAGACCAUUCUCUCACUCAUUGUCGGACUCAUCGCCGCAGCAGUCGUUGACCGGUUCGGCAGACGUCCACUAUUCUUGACUGCGACUGCGGGUAUGUUUGUGAGCUUCGUCCUCUGGACGGCCUGCUCGGCUCUAUAUGACCUCGACGGCAACCUCGCGGCAGGCAAGACGGUCAUCUUCUUCAUCUUCCUUCACGGUGUCUUCUACAACAUUGCUUGGUCCGGUUUGCUGGUGGGGUACACAGUCGAGAUUAUGCCGUACAAACUGCGUGCAAAGGGUCUCAUGCUCAUGAACUUUUUCGUUCAAGCCGCUCUCGUGUUUAACCAGUACAUCAACCCGAUCGGCCUCGCGCAUCUCCAACCACGUUGGAGGUUCUACUCAAUCUACUGUGGCUGGCUCCUUUUUGAGGUCAUCUUCGUGGCUUUCCUGUUCAUCGAAACGCGCGGCGUGACGCUUGAAGAGGUGGCCAAGAUCUUCGACGGCGAGGACGCUGAGGUUGCCCACGUCGAUCUGGACGUUGUUGAGGAGAAGGUGCAGCACGUCCAACAGCUCGAGGAGGUGGCCGUUACCACCAUCCCGCAGCGUGUUGAGAAGGUUUAG